AUGGGAUUCCCAGAACGAGACGCAGACGCGGGGGAAGAUGACGAGGAAGCGCAAAGAGUGGCGGGUUCAGGCGCGGCGAGCAAAGCUAAGAAGGUCGCGAUGAAGAAUAAAGCGAAACCGGAGGGAGCGGAGAAGGAAGCGGGGGAGGAAGCUGGGGAAGGAGCGGAGGAGGAUGACGCACUCCUGACGAAGAAGCCGUCGAAACGGCAGCAGUUGAUGCAGCACUUUCAAUCCCCCGUUUUUAUCACUCGGCUAGUUAUGAUGGCGUUUCUGGUGAUAGUGGUGGUGGUGCUCACGGUCGGCACGUGGUUCGCCGCCAAAACUGUCUACAGCCAAUCCCUCGACGCCGUCGCCCUUCAGCUGAGAGAGAAGACCCUAGUGGGAGUGCAGGAGCAGUUCCUGCUGUACAUAAACCGCGACCGCGACGUGCUCGUGUCGCUCUCCUCUGUUCUCGAAACCACCUUCACGCAGCUGCCUACAUGGAACCUAACCCUUAACGAUAACCUCAGACUGGUCCGUCCCCUACUCUGGUCCUUCUUCAAGAGCUCCCUCCCACACAUCACAACUCUCGGCUACUACAGCAUGACAGGCCCUUUUGUAACAUACGCACAGUACGACCUGGCGAAGCAGUCCUUCGCCUCGCAGGACGGAUCCCUCUCCAUGGUCUACUCCUCAGACGUUCGCGUCAACUCCACCGCGCCCUGGUUCAUCCUGCGCACAAACUCCUCCUCCGGGCUGCCCGCGAACAACACCCCGACGCCGUUCAAGCCGCUACGACUGGGUUCCACAGAGCUCUACCAGCAGAUCGAGCGCGGGGAGGAGAAUCUCCUCUGGACGUUCAACGCAAUCCAGGACCUGUCAGGUCCGAUGCUCGUCGCCACGUCAGCGGUGCAGGUCACAGAGAGGCGCGCCCCUGUGGGCGUGCUCAUUCUAGGCACGUCCGUGGGUGUGGUGAACAGGUUUCUCGUGCAGGACACAAUAGAUGGCUGUGUGAUGUACAUUGGGAGCUCCGAGGGUUUCCUGGUGGCGACUUCGACAGGAGUAGCUACGUCUACUCCGACUGAAGACGGGCGGCUGCAGCGGUUUGUGAAUGCGACGGAUGUGGAGGAUGCUACGAUUGCUGGAGUGGCGCGGUAUCUGGAGGGGGAGUAUGGGCUGCCGGCGCUGGUGGCGGGGAAUUAUAGCUUGAGUAAUGUGGACGUGGUGGGGCGCGCGUGGUACGUCAGCAGCAUGGGCUUCGCCGUUGAUAACCUGCGACUGUACCUGGUAAUCAUCCUGCCACGCACAUCUAUAAUGGGAACAGUGGACCACGAAAUGGAGACGAUGAUCAUCGUGACCUCGUGUGUGGCGGUGGGGCUGCUGCUGCUGGGGUGGGUGGUGGUGAUCUUCCUCACGCUCUACGUGGACACGCGCAUGCGCCCCAAGGAGGAGCUGCAGCGCCAGAAGGAGGAGACGCAGCGGGCACAGGCGGCCUCCGAGGUCAAGAGUCAAUUUCUUGCUAACAUCUCCCAUGACCUGCGCACGCCCAUGGCCGGCAUCUUGGGCCUAUUAGACAUAAUGCUGUGCGACCACCUCACAGCAGAGCAGGAAGCCAAUCUGAGGCAGAUGAAGUCGUGCUGCGCCUCUCUCCUCGGGCUGCUGAACAACCUGCUGGACCUGGCCAAGGUGGAGGCGGGGCGCAUGCAGCUGGAGGUUCUGGAGUUUGACAUUGUGGGCGAGCUCGAGUCGCUGGUCGACAUGUUCAGCGUGCAGGGGCUCAGCAAUGGCACGGAAAUCGCACUGGACCUCUCAGAUGAUAUUGAGCGGACGGUUAAAGGGGACCCGUCCAGAGUCAGACAGGUGUUCGCGAAUCUGCUGAGCAACGCAUGCAAGUUCACGAGGAACGGGCAGGUCAUUGUGAGGGGGUGGAUGAGACACACCCCGCCACCCCACCUCCGCGACUCGGACCUGUCCAUCCCAGGGGAGAAGAAGCGAGCCAGCCACGAUGCAGACAGCACGUUAGCCUCAGCCACCUCUACUGCUGCCGCCGACGCUGCAGGCGGCGCAGAGGGCGACCCAUCAGACCCUGCAGCAGCUGCAGGCGCAGCAGCAGCAGGGGGGGCGGGAGGGGGUGCCGGGGGAGCGGGGGGUGCGGGUGCGGGGGGGAAGGAGGGGGCGCGGGAGAGGCGGAUGGUGACGUUUAUGUUUGAGGUGGAUGACACGGGCCCGGGCAUCCCCGCGCACAAGAGGCAGCUCGUCUUUGAGAAUUUUCAACAAGCUGAUGCCUCCACUAACCGCACCCAUGGCGGCACCGGGCUUGGGCUUGGCAUCGUCAAAUCCCUGGUGCAACUGAUGGGAGGGCACAUAGCAGUGGUGGACAAGGAAGGUCCAGGAGCGCGGUUCCGGUUUGACCUGUGCUUUGAGGCGCUGGACCACAGCAGCGUGUGGAAGAACAGCAUGCUGCAGCCCGAGUUCCUGCUGCCCAAGCUCACCACCGUCGAGGGCGGUCAGGUGCUGCUCGCCAUGCGCGAGGAGUCCGCCGGUGCCGCCAUCGCCUGCGCGUGGCUGGAACGCCGGAAGCUGCACGUGUGGCGGGCCACACAGUGGGGCGAUAUCAUGCCCGCGGUUUCGUCUAUGCUGGUUCACCGGGCGUCGGAUAGAGCAGGGCUGCAGCCGCGGGUGUCGAGGUCUAUGCAGCAUUCGCCGGGGGCAGCAGGGGAGGGCAACUUUGAGACAGCGCUGGCAGGCAAGCGGGUGCUGAUCGCAGAGGACACAGCACUGCUGCGCAAGGUAGCCAUAAUCCGAAUGCAGAAGCUGGGGUGCGAGGUGGAGGCGGUGUGUGACGGGCAACAAGCAGUGGACGCCAUUCUCGCCAUCUACGCUGCCAGAGACACACAAGGAGACGACGCCAUGCACUAUGAUGCCGUUCUCAUGGACUGCCAGAUGCCGGUGUUGGAUGGGUACGGGGCAACAGCAGCUAUAAGAGCAGCAGAGAGUGGGACACGCUUCCACACGCCCAUAGUGGCGCUCACAGCGCAUGCCAUGACGAGCGACGAGAAGAAGUGCCUCGAUGCGGGCAUGGAUGCGUACCUCACCAAGCCCAUCGACCCCGCCCUCAUGGCGCACACACUGCUCUCCCUCAUGUCCCGCUACCCGCGCUGCUGUGUUCCGCACAUCGACAGCAUUGCGGGGGGUGAGGAGGGGAGUGUAGCAGUUGACGUUGCAGCUGACGCCACUGCUGCUGGGGGAGGGGUAGACGCAUCUGGCUCUUAUGGCGGGGAGCGGCCGGUGUCGCCUGCUGCUGCUCUUGCGGUGACCAUGCAGCCUUGA